AUGGCCCCUAAUGCAGCAAAAAGUCGGAAAGUUUCAAAGUCGGAGCUGUCUUCGUCGCGGUUGUUUUAUGAGACUGUGAAAGGUUCUCAUGAGUUUCAGAUAAACGGAUAUUCUCAUGCAAAGAUACGUUUUUAUCCAGUCGCUGAUGAACAAGCUAGCCAGGAGUACAUAUCCGUGUUCAUUGAGAUAGAGAGCCCUGGAGAAGUUAGCGUAUUGGUUGAAUUAAAACUACUGGACCAACGCCGAGAAGGUCAAUUAUUUAGCAAAACUACAUCUCCUCACACGUUUAAGGCAGGAGGAGACUCAACAUGGGGAUUUAAGAAGUAUGUGAAAAGGUCGGAGUUCGAGACCUCAAAUUAUCUCAAGGAUGAUCGUCUUAGCAUACAUGCUACAGUCAUUAUAGUGCAAACUCGUUUUGAAGAGGAUAAACGUUAUGUUAUUCCUGUACCUCCAUCAGAUAUGAUUCAAAAUCUCAAGGGUUUGCUGAAAUCUGAAAUUGGUUCUGAUGUUACUUUUCAAGUUGCCAAUGAAGAAUUCAGAGCCCACAAGUGGAUUCUUGCGGCUGGAUCUCCUGUAUUUAAAGCUAUGUUUUAUGGACUAGUGGGUAAUCCAGACAUGGAUACAGUAGUUGUUGAAGAGUUUGAUCCCUUUACUUUUAAGGCCAUGCUGCUAUUUUUGUACUCGGAUGAACUUCCUGAAACACAUGAACUUUCUGAUUCAAAUUCUCCUUGCACUUCAACAUCAAUAUAUUAA